AUGCCAUCUGGAGUACCGCCUCCGUUGAAAGCCUCGGUUAACUGUGAUAUGGGCGAGGACUCUUUUUCCAACCCUCAUCCUGCACAACACGUUGAGUUUUGGCUUCAGGGGGAUGACGAAGCUCUCACGAGACACGUACAUCUUGCCAACGUGGCAUGUGGGUUUCAUGCUUCUGAUUUCUCUGUCAUGAACAAGACGGUUCAGCUUGCGAAGAAUAACGGAAUCUCUAUCGGUGCCCACCCUUCUCUUCCCGACUUGCAGGGCUUCGGACGACGAGAGAUGGCAAUCGAACCGGACGAACUGAAGUCAUGCUUCAUCUAUCAACUUGGCCCUCUCGCGGUCCUUGCCUUUAGCUCGCGCCGCAGUCGAAGUUCGGCUCAUCAAACUGCCGCAGAAGAGGCUGGCGUGAGAUUUAUCCCAGAGUGGUUCGCAGACCUUGAUUAUACUGCCGAAGGCAAACUUAUCAUCACGCAGAAACACGAUCCAGUGCCUUUGGAUGUGGUUCAGGAGCGGGUAUGA